AUGGAUUCAGACGAUUCAGAUAAUUACGAUCAAGAAUUUUGGGAGUUGGUUGAAGAAGAAUUUAUGGACGACAGUGAUGAAGAACAAGAGCUUCAGAAUGAACUUCAAUCUGGAAGUUCCUCUAGGCCAAAGAAAAGAACAACGAUAGAUCGAGGUCGUGAAGAAGGGCAUAAUCGAUUGUUCAAUGACUACUUCUCGGAAAAUCCAGUAUACACAGAUGUUCAAUUCCGAAGAAGGUUCAGAAUGCAUAGGCAUGUAUUUCUUCGAAUUGUAGAUGCCCUUGAAAAUCAUGAUGAAUAUUUCCAAAUGAGGGUCGAUGCAACUGGUAAAAUGGGUCUUUCACCAUUGCAGAAAUGUACAUCUGCUAUUCGUAUGUUGGCGUAUGGGUCUGCUGCUGACAUUGUAGACGAGUAUGUUCGAAUCGGUGAAAGCACUUCAAUUGAGUGCUUACAAAGAUUCGUUCAGGGCGUGAAUGCUGUAUUUGGGGCUGAGUAUUUGGGAAAGCCUAACAACACUGAUGUUGAACAUCUUUUACAAAUGGGAGAGUCACGUGGCUUUCCAGGUAUGUUGGGUUCUAUUGAUUGUAUGCAUUGGGAAUGGAAAAAUUGUCCUGUUGCAUGGAAAGGACAAUUUUGUCGAGGUGAUCAUGGUUCAAACAAUGACAAUAAUGUGUUAAACCAAUCUAAUGUGUUUAACGAUAUUUUGGAAGGACAUGCUCCCAAUGUGCAAUAUACAAUCAUUGGGACACCAUAUAAUAUGGGGUAUUAUUUAGCAGAUGGUAUAUAUCCUGAGUGGGCUACAUUUGUCAAAACCAUUUCAAUGCCACAGAGAGAAAAGAAAAAGUUAUUUGCUCAACAUCAAGAAUCAGCUAGAAAAGAUGUGGAGCGGGCAUUUGGAGUGCUUCAAUCUCGAUUUGCAAUUAUACGUGGCCCAGCACGUGCUUGGCACAUGGACACCCUCAAGCAUACCAUAUAUGCAUGCAUCAUAUUGCACAACAUGAUUGUUGAAGACGAACGACAUACAUAUGGAGGUAAUUUUGAUUACUCUUAUGAUAAUGUGGAUGACAACAACUCAACAACCGAAACAUUUAGCGGUCCUCAUCCGAAUCUUGCAACAAGACUACAAAGAAGAGCAAGUAUUCGAGAAAAACAAGUUCAUCGUCAACUUCAAGGAAAUUUAGUCGAGUAUAUUUGGGAACGUUUUGGACAUGUAGAUGAUGAAGUUUAA